AAAUGAUGACCCUUGACCUAUAUGACCUUUUGACGCCUCCAGUGUUUGGUUCUUCAGAUUCCGACGGCCGGUGCUUGCGUCUACAGCUUUUACACUAAGAAGUCAAUUUCACAAAGAUCUGGAACAAUGUCUGAGAAAUCAUGUUGUGAAGAUCGCGACCAAGAGCUGAUAGAUGCAGCCAUAGAUGAAAAUCAAGAGGAACACAAAUCGGAAACUGAAGAUGGAGAGACAAAACAACAGGACGUCAAGCUUGAAAGCAUACAACAACGUCGGGAAGGUAAACGUGCUGCUCCAAAGGCAAAGAAACGCAAAGAUCUCGCUGCACGAGGUAAGAGACACAAGUGUCCGCAGUGUGGCUACCAAACGGACAUGAAGUCCGCUAUGACCAAGCACCUCAGGAUACACACCGGCGAGAGACCCCAUCGGUGCCAACACUGUGAGUACACCGCAGUGCAGUCGCAGUGUCUGAAAAGGCACGUCAUGGCCAAACACUCCGGUGUGAGACCGUACGUGUGCGGACACUGCGGGUACGCGACGGCAGACAAGUACGUCCUUCUCAGUCACGUGAGGACGAUUCACGGCGGCGAGAAACCGUAUCAGUGCGCCAUUUGUGACUAUUCCGCUGCAAAGAAGUGUAACCUAGAGAGCCACAUCAUGGCCAAACACAGCAACCACCGGCCUCACAAAUGCACGGAGUGCGACUUUUCGUCAGUGAGCAAAAAGAAUCUCAAAUUUCACAUGGCCAACCAUACUGGGGAGAAGCCGUACAAGUGUAAGAUAUGCGACUACUCCACCAUUCAAAAGCAACAUUUGAAGCAACACAUGGCCAUACAUACCGGUGAGAAACCGUACAAAUGUAAAAUUUGCGACUAUUCCGCCGCAGAGCAGUGCAACCUAAAAAGGCACAUGUUAAAGCACACGGGAAGCAAACCAUACAAGUGUAACAAGUGCGAUUAUUCUGCCACGCAAAUGUCUCACUUAAAGUUACACAUGUCGAAACACACUGGCGAGAAACCAUUCAAGUGUGAUCAAUGUGAUUACUCCGCCGCAGUGAAGUCGAGUCUGAAACUCCACAUGACUACCCACACCGGGGAGAAGGCUUACAAGUGCGGGCUGUGCGAUUAUUCCGCUUCGCAGAUGCCCCAUUUAAAGCUACACAUGGUAAAACACACUGGCGAGAGACCAUUCAAGUGUCACGUUUGCGACUACUCUACAGCGAUAAAGUCAGCUUUAAGACAGCACAUGUACAAGCACACCGGAGAGAAACCUUACAAGUGUGGCAUCUGUGCUCACUCCGCCACGCGUAUGUCCCACCUGAAGAGGCACAUGGUCACACACACUGGCGAGAAGCCGUACAAGUGCGACGUCUGUGAUUUCGCUGCGGCAGAAAUGUCCGAUUUGAAACAGCACAAGUUUAAACACACUGGUAUAAGACCAUACAAAUGUGAGCUAUGUGAUUACUCUGCAACAAGAUUGUAUAAUCUAAAGCGUCACGUGGAAAGGCAUGCUGCUAGAAAAAGAAAACACAAUAAUUCUGCAACAAAAAAGACUAAAUCAAAACAACGCACCGACACGCAUAAAUAAAUAUAAAUAAGUGUCAGUGUGCAAAGGCAUCCUCUCUUCCCAGGCCUGCGCUACCAGCCAAUCACGUUGCCUCUUGCGUCAAAUAGCAAUUAUUCGAGCAACUGGAUAUGAGUUUGGAAACGGUCAGACGUUUCAGGCAGAACCCAUUACCUUUCGUCAGUGACAAUAAAGAGAUCUCGUUCGAGAGUAGAUUUUUAUACCCUAACUAUGAAUUCAAUAUACACAAUGUAGUUGGAGAACAGUUUUUAAAGAAAUCCUAACUAUGAAAUAAUGUGCAAGCUAGAGAGAGGAAGACUAUUCUAUCUCUUUUGCAUAUCAUUUGACAUAUAAAAUCGGCGGGCCUAACACGAGAGGAUGUCCUUAAACCUAAAACGUCCGCACGGUGUUACGUAACCGGUAGAGAAUUCGGCUCAGGGGUUCUGGGUUCGAUACUCGCUAAAUUGACUUAGCACGACUUUGCUUGACGGUGGAGUGACGCUCUUUAAGCCCCUCGGCUAAUCUGUCAAAAGUGUGGCAAAAACACACACGGACUGUGCCAACAUGUAUGUGCUGAAAUUUGCCACCAAGAGCCGUAAUUUUUUUAACCUAACACAACGGAUAUGAGCCAGUUAGUGUGAUUUCUCAUGUGAAGCGGCAUUCUCAAUUGCAACAUUUGAGGUUACAGUCAAACCUGUAUUAGGGGCCACCUCUACAGAGGGGCCACCUGUCCAUAGUGGCCACUUUUUUUCGGUCCCUUGGGUAUUUUAUCUACAAGUUGCCACCUCUAUACAGAGGCCACCUGUCUAUAGUGGCCACAUUUGUCCGGUCCCUUGAGUGGCCACUAUAGACAGGUUUGACUGUACUUUGAUUCGACAGUGAUUGUAAGUAUAAUUAUCAUAGUCAUAGUCAUUUGUUUCUGACUAUCACGGGAGUUAUUCAAUUAGGAAUUUUUGACAAAUGAAUUUUUUUUAAGGGUCACUAGACCAUUUUAAUUAUGUUCUGAAUAUGUUGCAAUGUAUAUAUAUAUAUAUAUAGUUUUGUAUAUUUCCAUGGAUUAUCGAUUUUGUAAGUGGUCUUGUUCUUCUUUUAACUACUGCUGCGAGUUAGAACAUUCAUAGAUAUAAUUCCAAAAAAUGAUUUGUGAAAUUUCAUGAAUAUGGUCCCUAGAUCUAUUUUUCACCAUUUCCAAACGAUUGCAUAACCGGGAUAUAUAUUUAUACCCUUUCUCAAGUCUAUAGUCAUAGUUUUGCAAAAGAGACCAGAACACAAUUGUCUUGAUUUACAUUUGACAACUAAAUGAAUUGGUAGAAAAUGGUAUAGAUUUACUAUGCUUGAGAAAAAAUACACAUUUUCAAAGUGUAUGUUAUGAUAUUUGCUCAUGUUGUUAACUGUAAGAGAAAUGAGUUAGAAAGCUGAAAAGGACAGCAAUUUAAUCAGUCGAUGGUUCCGGCGACUGAGCCCAUUUUUUUGGGUUGAGAACAGUCAAACUUCUCCAUAAUGUAAUUUACCAACACAAAUGAACUGUUAUAAUAAUAAUGCCAAUUGAAGAUUAUAUUAUAGGGCUAUAUCGUAGUAGACCUGCUUGAUAGACACUCAUAGCAAACACUUUAUCAAGAAACACCUUUAUUUGGUGCAAGUUUCAUACGUAUACACAAAUACAUGUCUAUAUCAUCAUCAUAUGACUUUUCUCUGGACACCGUACGAUAUUUUCAGUUAUCAUUGUCUACUUUUAAUAACUGCACAUGGAACGUAGACUCAAAUGUAUCACAUACAUAACAAUGUAAUUCGGCGUCACAGAGUAUAAAUAAACAUAAACUAUCACAG